CACAUCCAAGUAGAAGUCCCAACAAGCGCCACUGCAUACGCACGUGCGAGGAAAUGUUAGUUGCGCAACAGACUCGGGGUCCUCGGUAGUAGGUUGCGAUUUUUGCGUUGCCUCAGUCGGAACUGUUUGUUGGGAGAGCGUUCGCUUUUUUUUUUCUCGUGUUGAUCGUUUCUCUCCAAGGAAUCCGCAUGUAUUUUAAAAUUAAAGACUUGCUUAUGAUUCAUUCUUUUUACAGAGACUCAUUCUGUCUGUUGAUGUCCUGGCUCAUUUUACAAUCUUGUCAAUUUCUUGUGUCGAUCGUCUCUUAAUAGUUCCUUCCUAGAGGACUUUUUCCUCGCAAAUCACAUUCCAAGAAUGAAAUCAAACCGUUCUGGACAUUAUGUAUCGUAAGACUCAGAUUUCCUUUCUGGAAGGAAUGUCAUCAUCAAAUCAGUGGUGCGUACCAGAUGAAGUUCAUGAUGUUUUAUCGGUUGAUUUCGAUCGGAGUUUGUCUGGGUUGGAGGUUGAUCUCUGCACUUCCUCAAGUAAUAUAAGCUCAUCUGUAUUUGCUGUUCCUGAAAUCUCGUCGAGAAAAGAAGACACAAAAAACAGCUUAAACUCUUCAACAAGUGAGUCUUUCCGAUGCAUUCAAGACUUGUCAGGUGAAAAUAUGAGCAACUCUCAUGGAGCUGAAAGGUGCCAAAUGGAAUGUUUUCCUGUAAGUCUUGUGCAUGGGAAGAAGAUUCGAUAUUCCCAAUUAACGGAUAUUGAUUGUUCAAACAGCGUUAAAAGAUUCUGCUUCAACAAAGAGUUGGAUCAUGCUGAAAAUUUCCAAACUAGAUGCCGUCCACAAGGUUUAUCUGCUCCUGAAUUGCGCACAAGCAGUCAUUUUUAUUCUUCGGGCUCAGUUAUCAACACCAUACUUUCUCAAGUAGUUCAACUCCCUGUCUUGUCGGCCUCACAGACAAUAGACCAAAAUAACCAGGGGCCACUACCUGCAUUCCAAUGCAUCCUUUUGGCUCCUACAUCUAUCUCUACCAAACUGAAUGAAGAAACGUUGACGUAUUUGAAUCAAGGACAGUCAUAUGAAAUAAAAAUAAGAAAACUUGGAAGUCUGCAGUAUGAAAAACCUAAUAUUUUUAAGAGUGUAGUACAAGUGGGAUUUCAAGAGCGACGCUUGCAGUACAUGGAAAAAGAGCAAAUAAAAGAAUGGCAACAGCAGAGAUAUGGUGAAAGAAUUGUAGAAAUCGAUAUUCCUCUCUCCUAUGGCAUCUUAGAAGCAAAUAACUGUUCUUCAACCAUUAAUCAGUGUGAGUUUUUGUGGGAUCCUAACCAAGACAUAGGCGUAUUUUUGAAGGUAAAUUGCAUCAGCACAGAAUUUACGCCAAAAAAGCAUGGAGGGGAAAAGGGCGUACCUUUCCGAAUUUUAAUCGAAACUUUUUCUCAAGAACCUCAUUGUGAAAAAUUACACUCCGCUUCUUGCCAAAUCAAAGUUUUCAAGCCAAAGGGAGCUGACAGAAAGCAUAAAACAGACAGGGAAAAGAUGUGCAAAAGAUUGCAGUCUGACAAAGAGAAAUAUCACCCACAAUAUGAGUAUACAGUUUUUAGAGAUCUUUCAUUUUCGGAUACUUGGACCACCAUUCAUCCUAAUCCAUCCUCAAUGGGUUCGCUUACUACUUCUCCAACACCAAGUUCUCCUGUUUCUAGUGGUUACUCACCUCAAAGUCCCCUAGAACAUAUAGACUCACAGAAAAAAGAAAGUUAUGAAGGGGUCCAAGCAACCUCUACAACUGAAACCCAAGACAUUGCCGAGAGCAUGACUGAAAAGAUUGCUCCUUUGAAUUAUGACUCAUCAAUAAGUGAAUGCACAGCUUGGUUACAGAGAAAUAUGUUCAGCUCUUAUGUUAAAGACUUCACAGACUUCACAGGUGCAGAUAUUUUAAACUUAACACGUGCAGAUUUGAUUGAUAUUUGCGGCGUGGCAAAUGGUAUUCGUCUCUUUAAUGCUUUGCAUGGAAAGGGAUAUUUGACCACAUAUGUUCGCCUUCCUCCCCAGAAAGCUUAUUGUGCUAUUUAUUUAAGAACCCCUAAAGUAUUUGAACUUGGCUCAAAGAUAAAAGCUUUUUGCCGUUUGCCACCAGACUAUAAAUGCGAAUUUUAUGUCAGUGGACCCUCAGGGACUCGUGUGAUACUCACUGAUGAGGUUAUUUCCAAUAUGCUGCAUGAUUCUUUGUUUGUGAUUCAAUGCUCAGAAGGCAAUUCAGAAGAAGGAAAUUGUAUAUUUUUAAAACAAGUACUGGAGUAAAACAGAUAUUAAUUUUUAUGCUCAUUUAAAAAAAAAACAUAUUCUUCAAAACUUAUGCAUUCUACUUUUGAUUGUCUUUAUGUAUUCAACGAAUUUUAUACAUAUUGUGUCAAUUUAUUUUCUUUUGCAUUUCAUUCUCAAUGGCAUAUUGCAUUCAGUGCAACAAACAAUUUUGUCUUCAAUGAGAAUUUUUGUUUGUAAAUACAUUUGACGAUUUUUCAUGUUUUCGCUAAAUUCAAAACAUUCCGUUCCGUGUUGUACCAUUUUACUUCUUGUUUCAAGUCAUAUUAUCUAAAUGAUAAGACUUCAACUGUAAUUCAAAAUUUUGAAAUAAAAACCCUUUAGAAUAUAUAUACUUAGUGGCAGAAACAGGACCCCACUGGGACGUGUGUUGCAGAUUCGUGAGAAAGUCUGCAGACUAGUCCUUAGUGAGGAAAAAAAUCUUUUCUUCCAGCUAAUGAAGAUUUGUACCAUAUUUUAUGGGAUAAAAUUCACAGGCUGGCAUUUUUUGUAUAUUAGCACCUUUUUAAUCAUUUUUCGAUGACAUUUAGAUUGAACGAUUAAUCUAAUGUUGGUUUACCUUGCUGAUUUUUUUUUAUUGUUAUCCUGUUGCAGAUGGCAGAAAAAAAUCUUCUACUGGGUAUAUAUAUAUAUUUCUAUAUACAAGUAUAUAAAUAUAUAUAUCAGUACUUGUUACAGAUUAGCAGUAUAAGGAAUUCUUAUAAUUUAUCUUUCACUCCUUAAUUAGUUUAAAACUUAUAAAGAUGCUCCAAUAUGCUCUGAAAAUUUUUCAAUCGUUUGAAGAUUAAAUCUCAAAACAACAUUACAAAAUGUAUUAAAAAUAAAACGUAACUCAUAGAAUAAGGAAGCUUUCAAUCUGUGUAAAGACAAAAUUCAAGAGAAAGUAAAUUAAUAGUGAUCAGCAACAGGAGAAAGUGAGAUAUUUUUUGAUGUAAAUUCUUCACCUUUUGUGGUUACUUGUUUUUUACUCUUAUCAUAGUGUGUUUGUUUUUAAACAGUGGAAAAAAAUUAAUCAUUUGAAGUGGAAGAAGAAUGUGUUUCAUCAUAUUUUUGGCGUGUGUAUGUCUUCAGUGUUUUUUUUUUUUUUCUAUGAUUCAUUAUUGGUGUUCAUAUUAGAGUUAUUUGUGUUCUGUACUUUUAACUCAUCUUUCCAUCAUCUAACUUUACCAUCUGGAAGUGUCUAAAGUUUAAGCCCCUUCAUAAACUUUUAGUCAGUACUUUUAAAACCUGAAUGUAAGGAUUAUAUGUAUACAUAUACACUGCUACACUUUAAAUGAAAAUACAUGGCAUACUUUAAUAAAUUAUUUUUGAAAA